UACAGGUUCUGAGAUUUCUGAUUUCAUAUUUUAGUUACUUUUGGUGUCUUCGUUACAAUGUUCAUCACACUUGUGAUGUUAUUUAAUAUCUUAUCUUCUGUGACUAGGAAUCAUUUAGUUUGGUUAAUUACUUAAUUUUGUUCAUGAUUUUUGUUAGCUUGAUUUUGAAUUUUGUUUGCUGUGACUUGGAAUCAUUUUGUUUGCUUAAUCUCUCUCUGUCUUCGCCGGCAGUUCCGUCUCACUCUGUCAUCGCCGUUCAUCUCUCGCCAUUUCUCGCCAUCAUUUUGAAUUUUUUUUUACUGUGACUUGAAACCAUUUUGUUUGCUGUGAUAUUGAACAUUUUCCUUUGUUAGAUACUUUGGUAGUUGACAAUUAUGACAUGCUAGAAUUAUCAGAGGGAGAUAAUGAUCAACAUUCCAAUUUGAGGUAAAGGUUCAAUAUUUUGUAUCUAUGCCAAAUUUGGUGACCUUGCCCUUUGGUUUCAAGGAUCUAUGAAGCCAUUACAGUAUUUGUUGGUUUCAAGAUGAAUCAAUCUUGUAGUGCUUCUUGAGUGACUACCAACUAUGGGUUCACUUUAAUUUUUGUUGCUGAUGUGUAUUUUGAUUCAGAAAUCAGAAUUAUGGGAAUUGUUGCUAGGAAUUGUUGCUGAUUUUCUGAUUAUGGUAUUGAAAUGAUGUUGUUGCUGAUUAUGGGAAUUGUUGCUGAUUUUCUUAGUUUUGAUGAUUAGUACUUUUGUUAAGUUGAAAAUGGUUGAUUUUUUUUGUUGGUAGAACAUUAUGGGUGUUAUUUAGGUGUGUCUUGAUCUAUUUUAGUUAUAAAUUUUGAUGUUUGAAAUUAUUUAUGAAUUUUUAUUGAUAAAUUAUGUAUAAUUUAUUAUGUGAAAUUGAGAAAUUUUUAAUUUUAUUAGUUUAUAAAUGAUUUAAUUUAAAUAUUUAAAAUUAUAUAUUGAAUUUUUAAUAAUUUUAUUUAAUAUUUAAUUAAACCGGUUGAACUCUGGUUGAACUCCGGUCGAACCAUUGAACCAGUGAACCAGUCACCUUACCGGUUCAUUGACCGGUUCGGUUCUCGCAGCCUUGGUUAACAUACUCACCCUAAGUUUUAUGCAUGAAUGCAAAUUAUAGCGACAUAACAUGUAUAACUUUCGUUAUAAUCAGGUGAGUGCCACAGGAAGGAAGUCACAUCCAGUACGUCCUGGCAUGUUUCUUGAGACCGUCUCCAGUGAAUUUGAAGUGUCGCAGGUUUUACCCAUGUGAUCAUCUUAUUAAAUUAGAGCUUAACUUGACUGCAACAUCAUCCUCACUUGGGCUGAAACUACAACCAUAUUCAUAGGCUCAUAGAAUCGGGAGUAGUAACAGAAACACAGACACAGUUGAUUCUGAAUGAAGACAGCAGGGAGCAUAUUCCUAAGGACUCACUUCCCCACUCCAACUAAGCUCCUCUUCCUUCCUCUUACAAAUCCCAAACACUCCCUCUCCCUAAUUCCCAUUUCCAUAUCCUUCACCUGCUUCUCAUCCACCAAUCCCAAACCAAUCUUAUACGGACCUUCCCUCCACAAAGGAACCGCUCCUACACUUCAACGCCCCCAAAACGACACCCUUCUCACCCUCCAUGAAGAUGCCUUCACUCGCGUCUUCCACCUCUCCGCCCUCCGCGUCCCCUCUGCCCACUGCUCCGCCUUAGAGAGACGCCUCCGCGGCCACCUCCUCAACUGGCCUCGUGUUCGCAACAUCGCUCGCGUCCCCGGUGAUGACCUCGAUCCUGACCUCGCUUCGCUAGUUACCUCCGGAGAAUCAGGAGGAGGAGAAGGACACGUGUCGUUGCAGCGACGGAUUUACGGCCAAGCCGAGGGAGACGGCGACGUUUUGAGCCCGGUUCUGUACAGAGAGAAGCUCGCAAGGACGUUCAAUACGCGCGGCUUCGUGAAGUUCAGGAACCUGGCGAAGAUAUCGAGGCCGCCGAAGAGGAAGAAGAAGAAGAAGGAGGAGGAGGAGGAGGAGGAGAAGGUGAAAGUCGAGAGGUGCACGGGGAAGAAAGGUUUUGCUACGGUGGAGGUUGUUGAAGAGGACGAUAAUGGAGGGGGUAUUUUGGGGAAUUUGGUUGAGGAGGAGUUUGGGAGGGAGAAGUGGAGGGGCUCCACGAGGUUGCUGUUGCUGGAUGAACGGUAUGCCGGUCGCGGCGUCCAAGACUUGCCUGAGGCUAUCAAGGCUGUAUUAAAGGAGUAUGCCGAAAAGAGUGCAAAUUUGACUUUUGAGCUAGUUAGGUGCAAGUUGACUCUGUUUUAUGAUUAUUGGCAGAUGAAUGAGAUCCUGGAGGUCUUGCUACCUGAUGGUGUGGUUGUUCCUUCAGCUUUUGAGACCGUUGGUCACAUUGCACACCUGAAUUUGAGAGAGGAACAUUUACCAUACAAAACACUCAUAGCAAAGGUUGUUCUGGAUAAAAAUAAGCCAAAGAUACAAACAGUUGUGAACAAGAUUGAUUCCAUUCAUAAUGAAUACAGGACCAUGCAGCUUGAGGUUCUAGCAGGAAACCACUCUCUAGUUACCACAGUUGUUGAGAACGGAAUACGCUUUCAGGUUGACUUAGCAACAGUAUACUGGAGUUCUAGGCUUGCAACUGAAAGACAAAGGCUUCUGAGUGGUUUUACACGGAAAGAUGUUGUCUGUGAUGUUUUUUCUGGAGUUGGUCCCUUGGCCAUAUCUGCAGCAAAGAUAGUUAAGCAUGUUUUUGCUAAUGAUUUAAACCCAUUUGCAGUGGAGUAUCUGGAAAGAAAUAGUGUUCUAAACAAACUUGAAAGGAAGAUUGAGCAGGUAAGAAGUGCGGGCAUAAGCAGGAAUUUUCAAAGUGUCUCUUUAGGAUUUGAAGUAUUAUUUGUGUGCUACACAAUGGUCUUUAACAUGGAUGGGAGAAGGUUCAUUAAGGCUAUGUAUGCCAGUGAUAAAGCUCAAUCAAUCACGCAAGUGGUUAUGAACUUGCCAAAUGAAGCUGCAGAAUUUUUAGAUGCAUUUAGGGGAAUAUAUAAAGACAGACCCAAGGACACGGAAUGCAACUUGCCAACGAUCCAUGUUUAUGGAUUCUCCAAAGCGCAAGAUCCGGAAUUUGAUUUUCACGAGAGACUAAGAAUUGCCCUGCUAGAGGUCGCAGUCGACGUAGAAAUGCGACGUGUACGACUUGUGGCGCCCGGAAAAUGGAUGUUGUGUGCAUCAUUCGUUCUCCCUAGAAGUGUAGCAUUUGCUAAUACUGCAAUUGAUACUUAAAUAUUUUUUACUGUCAUUUAGCCACAUUGCAUGGAGAAAGUUUUGUUGCAUUACAUUGGUUGCCCCAUGCCCAGAGCGAAUAAUGUACAUAUGUUGUAACAUGUAUUUUUCAAAAUCCAUACCAGAGCAUAGCUUUGUUUAUUUAUUUAUUUUCUUAGGAUGUUUGAAAUAAAAGUCCAAUAACAUGCAUUUAUUGAAUUGUAAGAGCUGCCGGUGGGUUCUUUUCGAGUUGAAGUUGAUUUAUCUUAUUCAAGAGUGGUUCCAUGAUCGACCCAAAUGCUGAUACUGCCAGUUCCUCAUAAAUAACAUCAUUUUUCCUCAGCAAAAAAA